AUGAGGGUACCUUAUUUCGCGGAAUUGUCAUUACCACGGUGCAUGAGGGAGAAGAAGUUCCAUGCACAAAUUGUAAACAAAAUUCCCUUUGACAUGGUUGACGCGUGGAAAGAGCGUGUAGCGCAGUUAUCAGCUUCUAGAACCAAAUUUAUUCCCAUGGAAUUCACUGAAAUUAUUGACCGUACAUCGACAGAUGAGAAAGAUGCCUGUCUAUCUAGUUUGCUACAGUAUAGUAUCCAAAAUAAGAUUAAUACAUCAACUAAUGAUGCAAGAAAAUUGAGUGAUUUUGUAGAAAUUGCGAAUGAAUUGAUGCCAAAAUGGACAGCUGCAGAGGCAGGGAUGAUUCUCCGUUGUUUAAUCAAGCUUCGCUAUAUGGAUGCUACUAUUUACAAUAAUUUAUUACAACGAAUUGCAUGUAAACGACAGCAAUUUAGCGUCCAUGCCAGCAUAGUUGCCCUUGACGUUAUAUCCACAGAAACUCGAUUUGAGAGCUUUAUGCUCCCAGUUAUUGAGAAGAUCAGGGCAAAUGUUAGUGCCACUAGGGACACUAUUGAAAUUGCCAAAUUGGCACUUGGCUUAUCAAACUUCUUAAAUAUAUCAAAAAAUGGAGUUAUCAUUGAAAUUAUCAAGGGGUUAUUAGCAAAGGCUACAAAUGACAAACAAUUAGUAGAUUUGGACAUCCGUACACUUUCUGUGUUUGCUACAGUUAUGUCAAGGACGUUAUUGCUCAGCACCAAAUUAAUGCAGAUUAUUUACAUGAAAAUAGAUAAUGAUUGCGAUAAUUUAACAUUGGAUAACUGCGCCGUAUUUGCUAACUGCAUAUCCCAACUUGGCCAUGCUAGAGCGGCUGGUACGAUAAGUUAUUUCGAGCUGCUGGGCGAUGCGGCGGCAAAACUCGAGUCACAAAUGAAUGGCCGACUGGCCGCAGUUCUAAUAAACGCAUUUGCAAAGGCACAUGUUUUGCAUCAGGACUUAUUUACGAUAAUUUCAAAAAAGUUGUUCGAGAUUUGCCCUCAAUUUGAUACCCGUCAAACUGCAAUGAUAGCUCAUGCCUUUGCUAAGUUGGGUCAUUUGCACAAUAUACACGUCAUUUGGGAUUUAAUUGGUGAUAUGAGUGGGUAUAAUUGGCAGGAAUUGGCCAUGAUAUUAUACGCCUAUACUAAAUCUGGGGGGAUCAAUGUUAACUUUAUAAACAAUAUUUGUAAAGCCAUGUGCAAACAAUUUUACAAUACAGUACACAGUCCAACGGGAUUGGUGAGCACAUCUUACUCUUUGUAUAAAUCUAGGAGCGUUGGCAUUGCUGCUGAAUGUGACAAAUUGUUUGUUAUGAUAUCGCAAAAGGCUGUGACAAUGCUAAAUAGGUUUAAAUCUACUGAGUUGGCCAAUCUAUGCCUAUCCCUCACUGCAUCUAACCCAUCGACUAGCAUCUUAAUGCCUAAACUAAAGACACUCGUGCUAAAUGACGUUGAUGGUGAUUCGAUUUUCAAGAUUGUAAAAUUUUGUUGUGAAGCAAUAAACUUGAAUGUUAGUGAUUCAUCUGCGGAUGUGGAAUGGUGUGCUAGGUUGGUUAAAAACAACGUGCAUAGACUAGCAAGCUUGCCAAUUUCUCAUAGGAAAUUGCUUAAGUCUAACCUUUCAAAGUUGGGUAUUUUUGACAGGGAUCUAGACUGUAUCAUAAUCUCCAAUCAGUGA